AUGAAAAAAAAGAGUGGUCUUACUUGGACAUGGUUUCUUGAAAAGUUGUAUGAAUGUGUUGGUGAUUGUCAAGAAUUGACUUUUGUAACUGAUAGGGUCGAUGCAAUUCGGGUUAGUAUUGAAAAUGUUUUCCCACAUGCUCAUCAUGGCUUGUGUGCUUUUCAUCUACUAGGAAACAUAGUACACAGGUUUAGGAAAAAUGAUAAAACAAAAGUGUUGUUAUGGAGGCUUGUGAAAGCUUACAAAAGAAAUGUUUUUGAAGAAUUGUGGUAUAGAUUUAGUUCUACUAGGCCGCAAGUAGUAGCGUAUCUAAGUGAAAUUCCUCGUGUUAAAUGGACUAGAGCAUAUUCACUGUCGAAAUGGUACAAUUACAUGAUCUCGAACAGUGCAGAGUCGAUGAAUGCUUUAUCUGUAGAUGCAAAGAAGAUGCCUAUAAUACCCCUUCUUGAGUUCUUCUGUCGUCUUUCACAGGAAUGGUGUAACAAGCAUCGCAUAGAAGGAGGAACUGGGUUGCCUUGUGGUCAUGUCAUAAUGGUCUUGAAGCACUUGAAAAAAACUAACUUCGGACAUCUGGCUAUAGAUGCUUACAAAAUGGAAACGUACCAAAGUACGUAUGAGGAGCCGGUUUACCCCGUUCUAGAACUGUGUGAUUGGGAAAUUCCUGCUGAGAUGAUGGUUGUUAAACCCCGAUAA